AUGACCAGAAGGCGGGUGCACGUGAAAAGAAAUGACGGCGACAAACUUCGUGCGAUUUGUAAAGGGCAAGUCUAUGAGUGGUAUGUGUACUUGAGGAAGCUCGAAACACACACCGGUAAGGAUUAUGUGGUGAUGAAUAUGCAACGCGAUCACGCGCACACAUGCUCUCAGGUGUUGGAUUCGAAGUGGCUGACGGCAAAGUGGCUAGGUGAGCGUUACAUGGAGAAGAUCAAAGUCAACCCUCACAUUCCACUGGCAGCUAUACGACAGUGUGUCGAUGAAGAUUUUGGGCUGAAGAUAGGUAGGAUGAAGGUAUAUCGGGCCAGAGAGCACGCACUGGAAGGCAUAUUCGGCUCUGCGGCAACCCAAUAUAGAAACUUGUUCUACUACAAAGCCAAAUUGGAGCGGACGUACCCUGAUUCCAGCAUACAUAUACAUUAUGAGAAUACGAGGGAUUCUGGCACCGUGGGUUUGAGAUUCCUGAGGUUCUACUGCUGUCUAGGACCAUUGAAAAAGGGAUGGAUGCAGUUAUGUCGGCCAAUUAUCUUCUUCGACGCUUGUUUCUUGCGAGGAAUGUACAAAGGACAACUCAUGACAGCAAUGGGAAUUGAUCCCAACAAUGGCUGGUGGCCGAUUGCUUGGGCUGUGACUGAUGCCGAGAGUUAUGUCCAGUGA